GCCUCUCCCGUGGCCAAGAUGGACGUAGGAGCUGUUCAAGAGGCGGCGAUGCCUCCCGGCCCCUGGAGAAGGAAAGAGAAUCCAAGGGAUGGAGAGUCCUUAGGCUGAGGAGGCGAAGGCGACGGGCUCUUACGAAACCUGGUCCUUAAUGACAUCAUGGGAGAAACCCAGCAUGUUUAUGCCACCCGGGAGGUUGAGUCUGGUGGCCAGGACAAAGUUCUCAGCUUCGAGGCGUUCGGCAAGAAAGAUCCGGGUGAAGUUGAAAGCAGGCGGCUGCUCGACAGCUCCGAGUCGGAGGGACCAAGUGGGGGACACAAUGGGACCGACUUGGUCAGCAACAAGGAGAAGGAGCCUCACAGCCAACGGGAAGCUGUGAUCCGCCCCCAGAAAGCAGGCAAAAUAGACUUUAAGUCCCUCAACAACCGACCCAGGUUUUCAGGGGCCGGCCCAUGGGGUGCUGCCAAAGGGGACCCCCCGUCUCCCCCUGGAAGGAACCGGGCGAGAGAUAAGAGCAGCAGGCGGUCAGGGAGGAGCGAGCGGGGUCAUCAGCAGCUCUACCGGCUCACCCUCAGCAAUGCCAGGCCCAACCCCACCAUUGGCAUCGCUUACCCCCAGCAGAAAAUCACACCCCCCAAGAAGGUUGAAGCUGACCGAGGGCCGGUUUUGGGCAGCUACCGGUUCCAUGUGCCCAGCCUCCCCGAAAGAGAUCUGAAACUCCCCGAAGAAGAGCUGAGCUUCGGCCGCUGUUUUCCUGAGGCUCCCACCAGCCACAUCUCCAGCAACUAUACCUCACAAGCCACCACUGCAUGUCCAAGCCAUGGUUCGAAGAUACAACCACUGGUUAGUGUUCCUCCCGAAAGUCCUGACGCCAAAGGGCAGCUCCCUUACCUGGAGUUCCAAGCCAACGGAAGUCACUUGUGGCCUUCGCCGGACAAAGACUAUCCUGGUGCUAAAAAUGGACUCCCAGCCCCCAAGCAGAGCAUGCAUUGCCUCGGCCCUCUCUCCUUCCAGUAUCCCUUCUCCCCUUUGCACAGCUCGGCCUCAGAUCCCUUCCAAGGUGAGGCUCACCCCCAAGACUAUGGCGACAACCUCUCGUUGGCCACCAGUCAGGCUUCCCAUAGUGCUUUUCCCUUCCACUCUUCCUCCGGGGAGGAAGUUCUUGGCAACGGCUCCUACGACAAUGUGGAGAGCAGGACCUACGGGCUGCCUCCUCCCCCUGCUCCGUUCCACCUGCCCCAAACGCUGGGACCCCCCUUGCCCUGCUACAAAGGAAGGAGCGGGCCUUCCCCGGACCACAAUGGUGCUAUCUCGCCUUCUGGUGCUAUUGACCAAAUCCCAAGCACUUUCCAAGAAAACCCAGCUGUUUUCCCACCCAGUUUACAUGCCUCGAGUACGCCGAAGGCCGUGGGUCAGAGGUAUCCGUCUUUGUCGAAAGACGGCGUAGCUAGUCAAAGGAUACUGGAUGUAGGCAGCUCUCUACGAAGGAACGGGCUACCGGUUACUCUCCCGCAAGUGCACUUUCAGAACAAGGCUUCCAGCGAAGCCUCCAGCUUGGUGCCUUUUGAGAAGACCCUCCCCGCCAGCGUUCAGGCCCACCCCCGGCUCCUGCAGGCCUGGGAGGGAGGCAAAAAGACUUAUCCCGCCAUGGAGCCAAGCUCAGCGGGGAGCCCCGGUCCAGGGGUCAGCCAGAUCUCCUUUGGGUACCCUUCUGGUCUUGGCAAAAAGGCCUGGCAGCAUCUGCAUCUCGCCUCUGGUGUGCCCGGCCAGAAUAGACUCGAGCUGUCCAGAAAGUUGGCCAGCCAGAAGCUCCCUUUCCCCCUCAGCACCCCAGAGUGGGAGGGAAGCAAGAAACUGCCCCAGAACCCCACCAGCUAUCCCAGUAAAGCUCUGGGGGCUGAGGACCUGGCCCCUCCCAGCUGUAGCUCAGCCAGCGGCCUCUCCUUCGAAGGGCCAAGCGAAGUGGAGACGUCCAAGAACAAGACUUUCUUCCUCAGCCUGAGCCCAGCACGGCCUCCCAUCCCCUCUCACCACCCACCCAGUCCCUGUUUAGGGUUGCCACCCUUAGCCCCAUCCCCAAAGGGGUCUCCUCUCUCGUCCCCCAACCUCAACAGCAGCUGUUCCUCUCCCACCCUGACCUCCAGCAGCCCUCCAGGCCACAGCUUUGAAGAGGAAGCUCCCAUGGCCGCCUCCACCUUCUUCCAUCACCAAGGGCACCCGAAGGAUGGCACUAAACCCUUCCAGGCCUCGGAGCUGCUGGGUGCCAGCUCAGCCCCCUACCAGAUGGCCAACCCUAUCAAGGCCUUUCACCAGGAACUCCUCUACAAAGGCGUCUCCGUGGACAGCCAUUUCCAGAAAUCCAACGCGGAUGCCUCCAAAAGGUGCCCGGAGGGUUUUGAGAGCGAGGUGCCUCCACCACCUUACCCAUAUUCCUCCUCCCGCCACUUCCUGGCCAGCUCCCUGAGCAGCACCAGUCUCGACCAGCUGGAUGUUUUCCUGACUUGCAAGCAGUGUGACCAGAACUUCAGCAAUCUCUCCUCUUUCUUGGAGCACCGUCAGUUCUGCGGCUCUCACGUGGUCCUCCCAGGCCAGGCCAAGGACUCUUCCCGAGGAGCAGAAGUCAAGAAGCAACAUCACGCCUCUCCUGAGUCUGCAAAGCUCGCCCAAGCUAGCCUGGGGAUGCUUCUCCCUUCAGAUCCUCACUUGCAGCUGCUUGCUUUGAACAAGACUGUGGACUUCUUGGUGGACGUUGAGGGUAAAAGUGAAUCCAAAGAUGACCCUUUGAAACUGAACCAGCUCAAUGGCUUUCCCGGAAACUUCUUGCCACUCAACCCUUCUGACUUGGAGAUCGAUGACGCUAAGCUGGACAGUUUGAUCACUGAAGCUCUGAACGGACUGGGGUACCAGUCGGAUAACCCUGAAAUUGAUAGCAGCUUCAUAGAUGUCUUUGCCGAUGAAGAGCUGGUCUCUGUGAAGGCCGCUAAUGCUGGGACGCCUUUCAAAGCAAAAGAGAAUUUGGCUUUAGGGAAGAAAUCCAAACACGGAGCAAUGGAUGAAAGCAUGAAAAUGCUCAGCUGCUCUGACGACCACCCUAGUGGGGAGCUGGCCAAAAAUAAGACAUCAAAGCAACCUAAAGAGAGAGGAACAAACUGGCUUUCAGACUUUGGAGAAGAAAGGCACGAAACGUUCAAGAGCACAGAAUUGCCUCGAAAUAAAGCCCCAGAGCCAUCAGUAUUGGGGGCAGCAGCAGAAGAGGUCCCAAGUGUCCAGCAGAGAGCAGGGAAGAAGAACAGCAGUGCUCCUUUCCUGCCUACGAAGCAGGGGAGCCCAGCGAUGUCAGAUUUGAGGCAGACCAAGAACCUUCCCUCUGCUUCUCCAAGGAGUAAACUCAAGCCCAGUGAUACUCACAGCAGGGCAGAAAGCACCACGCUGCCCACGGAAGAUGCCAAGAAGAGGAAGCCGCGCAGUGGCAGUUGGAGCAAGGAGCUGAUCCAUAAAAUUGUCCAGCAAAAAAACAAGUUCCAUAAACUUCACAGCCAGACUAGCAAAGCAGUGUCCCUUUCCUUGCUCACCAACCGGUUGCUUCCAGAAACGAAGGACAAUAAAUUUGGCGAGUACGAAUACAUGUCGGAGUCCGAUGACGAGAGGGUGGAGUACGCCAAGCGACACUGCAGGAGAAAGCUGGGCUCCAGGUUCAGCGGCCGGCUCAGAAGCGGUUUGAGCAGAAGGAACCAAGGCAGAGGAGGAAGGGAGAAGGGGACGGAGCCAAUAUGGAGGUACGGGGGUUCCAGAAGAGGACAGGAGGAACUCGAGAGACUUGCAAGCAAGGAGCUGCAAAGGACAGAGGGCCCUGUAGCCAGAGUGAGGAGGAGAAGCAGUCGGUCCUCCACCAGCAGUUGCCAGAGCCUGAGCGUGUCCAGUGAGACCAGCAACAGCCCCCAGAGCAUCGAGAGGGCCGAUUCAGACACCGAAAGAGAAAGGGAAGAGAGGAAACAGUUCCUGAAAAUCUCCAGACGUGUCACACCUCUUAAUGUUCCUGAGAAGGAAACCCUAAGAAGAAGCCACGCGAUGGGUUCUGACUUGACUGGAAAGCCAAAUAAGGUUGACCCACCUCAACCUCAGCCAGUAGAGAAUCAGAAAUUUCAGAAGGACAAUCCGAGCGUUCCCCAGGACCCACAUCUCACACAGAGCAGAGAGGUGUCGUAUCACUCCGAGGCCACAGCUGGAAAAGGUCCCACUGUGCUGCUUUCUCCUGAUGAUUCUGGCCAGUACCAUGGAGCCUUCUGCGGUGACCGUGAAGAGCCAAGGGUGAUGCCAAAAGAUGCAGGUGAGGCAGAGGGCCAUCACCGCCACCAGUGCACUGCCAGUAAAGGCGGGGUCUUGAAAAACCCAGUGGAAGAACUCUCUGGUUCUCCUUCCGUGGGCAAGCACAGCCUUCCCAGCGAGGGGGGCACCAGCUAUGGACAAGUGGACCUCGAGGGCCUGAAGAACCAGCAGGAACUCAUGAUGCCAGUUGGCUGCUUCAGUGACAAUCCUGGGGGCGGAGAGAUCGCUGGGAAAGGUGUCAACACAUUUCUGGAUGCUGCCAACGCCUUUUAUGACUGCAAAGAAUUAUCCCACAGCUAUGAGGCGCCGAGUCUAUUCUCAGGGCCUCCAGCCAUGGAACCUUCCCCGAACGGAAACGCGUACUUAUGUCAAGGAGACUUUGACGUGCCCUCGUUCAAAGUGAAGCACGAAGCCAUCCUGCCCUGUGAAUCGGACAACGCCCAGAGGAAGGUCCCCUCACCCCUUAAUUUUGAUUCAUCAUCCGUAUUUUUAGAAUUCCCUAUUGCUGAGUUUGAUGCCAACUUAUACGAUAGUGUGGCUUCAAGCAAGGAUAAUUACAUCCCCUUUGAGUGUGCCAAUCAUCAGCUUAGCAAGAUAAUCCCCUUUGACCAGCAAUAUCCAUCUUUUCUGCCGGAAAAGGACUGGACGCUGAUGGAGGACGUGUCUCCCAUUUUGGCAGGCGGUACGCCCCAGAUUCCUAGGCCGCCUGUUGAAAAACCAGCGCUCUCCAGCGAAAUCAGCCCCUUGACUCUAUCUGACCAGCUUUCUGACUACAACGUGCAUUUCAUGAAUGGUCUGUCCGAGGAUGAGCUGGAGAUUAAAAGGUUGGUCACCGAGCUUGAAAGCCAGUUGCAAGCAAACAAGCUUCCUCUGCAGGCACCUCAUGGAGACCAGGCUUCAGUCGAUCACAUCAGCAUGGAAGCCAAAGAGCCAACUCCCGGGUUUUUGUCUUUAAGUCUGGACCAGGAACAAGAGGGCAAAGGAUUGUUUCUAAUGGAGGCCGGGUAUGAGAGUGGAAAGCUCCUUUCUACAGAACCCUUUAGCUGUGAAAAUAUAGCACAUGAGAAAAGACCCCUUCCAGCUUUGGAAACCAAGUACGGAAGUCCCGACGAUCCUUGGCCAUGCGCAGGAUCAUUCAGCCCACUAGAGUCAGCCCCAGAUUUGAUUCUAGUAGGUCCUUUUAGCCCCCAAGAGCACCAAGACAAAACUGCUGAAGAUCUGAAGGAUAUCAAAAUCUCCGCUGAAGUCGACUUUGGGGGAAUAAAAAAUGCAUCUGCUGGAAUCCUGUCAGAUUCAUGCCUUGAUGAGGUAUCAAACAGCUCCAGGGCCCCAGACUAUCCUGAACAGGCGAUACAAAGUCCCGAUUCAAUCUUUCCCGAGUCUCUGGAGGACAGGGAUCUGGAGCCCCAUGAUAAUUUGCCACUGAGACCAGAUGUGUUCCCAAAGAUACUCCUGGAGGAGAAAACAUGCGGCAGCCCCACCGAGUUAGAAUCGUAUGGCCACGAGGUCCCACGGUUACAUCCGGAAUUUGACUUGCAAGAUGUGGACACUCUAGAAUCGGAUGGAAACUUGUCUUCUGGUGCCCAAGGCAAAAAUCCAGAAAAGCAUCCCCCUGAAAAGCUAGAAACGACCACUCUGUUCCAGGACAAUGAAGGGGAACAUCUAGGUAAUAAUGAGGAGACUGGAAGUCAAACAAUUUGCCAGACGUUAAUGCUCAAUGCCAAAGCUGACCGUGGAGACACACCACACUUUGAUGUGUUGACUUUUCCCAAGGAGGUGGAUGGAGAAGUUGGGUUCGAGUCCCCCACCCGAGAGAAAGGAGGCAACCCUCUUCAGCAGUUGCAGUUGUUUGUGGCCAGGACAGUUAAGAACAAUGAGGAAGAGUUGGUGAGUUCAUCCUUCCCAGCUCAGCAUCCUGUGGCUCACCUGCCCUCGUGUCAGAGCCUCCCUCCAGAGCCAGGAGAGGAGCUUGUGGGCAAAGAGCCACAUGAAGAAGUCACCUGUGGCCCCGUGUUGGAGAACAAGAGAGAGACUCUGUUAAAAAAGACUGAGAAACUAGCCGGGUUUCCAACUCAGCUGCUUUCAGAACCAGAGACAGAGUCAAAACAUUUUGAUGAAUGGGCCUCAGAUGCUUCCAAAGACUCAGCCCCAUUGAACCCAGCACAAUGCGCUAACCUUGUCCAGCAGCAGCGCUUCAAGGUUGACUGUUUGGAAGUGAACGGCCACGCGAUGCAUGCCGAGGGCAUCUCCAUGGAGCCCGAUGACCUCUCUCCACUCAACAAUUCAGAAACAGCCUCGGAGCUAAGUGGGGGGAGAACACAGCCAAGUCAAGUUACAGGACUGGCAGGGUGGGUUGAAGCAGAGAAGACCUUGGCAUUUAGAGACUGCAGAAAAUCCCCCUUAAGCCCUUGGCCAUCUGAGAAGGAGACGCCACGAGGUGCUUUGUCUGCCAUGCUCCAAGCGCACGGGGGCUCUUGCGCUUCUUGGAACGCUGGGGACCAAGAGUUGGGGGCUGCCAAAGUCCACCGGGUGGAAGAGAGAGACGAUCAGCUGCAACAUCUGCAACUCGGCAUGUCGUUGACUCCCAUCUAUUCCCCUGAAAGCCAAACUGAGGAUGCUCAGCUCCUGCAGAGAAAUGACUUCUCUUCAGCAAACAGCUCCGAUUCAACAGAAGCUCAUGAAUCGGAGAAGCAAGUCAGUUACUACCCCGAAGCCUCCCAGGCUGGACUUUCUCUGGACGCUGGUUUUGCUGAUCAGGAAAUGGUGCUCAAAACAAAAAAUGCUACAGGCUCCGACUUUGGAGGGAUUCUAUCUGAAGAGACCACCGAUGCCAUCACUGCAGCAACUCAACAAGUUGCCUUCCUCGCGUGCAGCUUCCCCUCCGUUCUAGAGAAGACUGCAGUUCCUCGGCAGAGCCCACCCAGGCAGAAAGGGUGUACAGAAGCCCUUCCGUUCUUCUGUGAUGCCAUUUCUCAUCUGCCCCCGGAUGUGCCUGAUGCCAAGGCUGAAGACCUCAACCAUGACCCGUUGGAACCUCAGAAGAAUGUCCCUCUGGGUUACUCCUCAGCUCUCUGCUCCGACAAAGAAUCAUCUUCUACUGCUAACACAAACAGACCUUUGAACUUGCAAGUGGGGGGCUGCAAAUCUCCCAGCAGGCUCCCUCUGAAAAGCAAGAAACAUUCUGAAGUGCUCUCCACAAAUCGGCCAGAUGAAGACAAGGGCGUGUUUUCUGCGAGGAAUGAACCCGGUUGUCCUCCGGCAGCAUCCACGCAUGAUAUCUCACUCAGCCCGCUUCCAUCAGGAAUUGAUUCUGUUGAGCUUAGAGGUGGAGUCUGUAAUGAAAAUGUGUCAUCAACAUCCCAACCCCAAGGGGCAAAGGUCAUCGAAGGAGACCCCCGGGGAGAAAGUAGAGAUCCAUGUCAGUCGGAGUAUUUCCAGAGAGACGUUGAUGUUCAAGGGGUGCCAGUUGUCCUUCUGACUAAAAUGGCUGAUGACACUAGUCAGAUUCCACCAAGAAGACCCUCAAGUGACCCACAGGAUCCAGAAAACAGAAGCAAUUUGGGGAAGGAGGACUCGGCGUCGAAUGAGAAUGUGAAAAAAUCAUCUGACUGCACAGAACAAUCCAUUCCUGAGGAUCCAAUCUUAAGGAAUUAUUCCAAGCCGGGACAAUCCAAAGCAAGGAAGAGGAGAGGCUUGCAGAUUGCUUGUGAUAUCUGCUCCACUUCUUUUAGAUCCAAAACUGGGCUGAUGAGACACAAAGCUGUGAAGCAUCAGAAGCAAAAGGAGAGUGUUGUGUUGCCUGACGACAAUUCGACUCCGUUGGAGAAAGCAUUGAAGGCAGGAAAAGCGUUGCCCAGGAAAAGCCUCAAGUCCUUCAUCCAAGAAAAUCCUAGUCACUCAGAGCUCUCAAAAGCUGUAGGCCAGCCUUCUCCUAAAACCUCCAGAAGGCGAAAGAAAAAGGCACAGAGCCAAGAAGGUAUUGGCAAGGAACUCCACGGCCCAAAUGUUAUUUCACUGGACGCAACUCAUGAAUCCCAAACGACACAUGAAAUACAACCCAUCAGCUCACAAGCAGAGAAAUCGGAAGGGUCAGAAAUCCAGUCUAGAAAAAACACAAGUACAGAAAAACUCAUCCGAGCGGUCCACGCCAAAAGUAGCUACACAAGGCGGAAAACCAAGGAAAGACCCAGGCAAACAAAAACGACAUCCGACAAAAAUGAGGUCACCGCCUCUUAUCUCCAGGAGUCUGAGCUCCCUCCAGUUCACUGUAAGGCCACGGGCAUCACAGAUGACCACAUUCUGACCACCGUCACGGAAGAACCUGGGGAUGGGCCGGAAGAGCCGAUCGAGGUAUCUUUGCCAUGGCUUCCUCAGCAGCCCUUGACAAACGAAUUGGAAAACACUGGUGAGAAAAGGACCUCAGCUGAAAGGAUAAAAGUUGGACCACAGCUUCCUCGGAACGGGGAGAGCCCUCAAGAGGAAGGAGAAGAGCUGGGGCAAGAAGAACAUAUCCAUGAGAGGUGGACGAGCAGAUAUGUGAAAGAAGGUGAGAAUGAACUGAACCAGAAGCUAUCAGAGAAGGGUUUGUUAGAAGAGACGGCUUGUACAAGUCAAAACAGCCCGCUGGUGGACCUCACAAGCCCCAACACCUUUUCACCACCCUCUCCUCCUGGAACUGCUUCUGAACCAGGUUCUCCUAAGCCCACACCUGAGAAAGCGUUGGGUGCUCCUUGUUUCAUCACUCCGGAGUCCUGGAAGACGGAAAAUCCCCAGCCCCAGAAGGAGGCGUCUGCUGCCGUCAAACCAGAUCUACCGAGCUUGUUCGAUGAUGACUCCACCUUUUCACAACUUUUCCCCAGAAACGAUGAGUUUGCCCGUAGAAAAUGCACACGUGUGUACGGGAAGCGCUCCAAGAAGCCUAAAGCUGUUUUAGAGAUCAUUGCGAAACCAGAAGGCCCACCAGAUCUUCUUACGAUCCGCAUGGCUUCCGAUCUUGGCGAAAACAGCUCCUUCUGCGUUACCCGGGAAGAUCCUUGUGAGUAUGACACAAUCUCCGUUGAUGACGCUUUGAUGCUCAACAUGUGCCACGGGAGUAAAGCCGCCAGUGAUGAUGUUAAUUCCAGACCUACCAAGGAGACAGCCCGGCAAUUGGACACUUGGCAAAAGGAGGACGACGGUGAUUUAAAAAACAGCCGUGUCUUUCUGUGCAAAGGGAGUCCGACUGGGCCUCUUCCAUGCUUUGAAAGCUGGAAGAGCCACGAGGAAGCAACAGAAAAUGAUUCUGUUGAGGGCCCAUCGUGUAGCUCACCCAGGCAGCUUCCUUAUGGGCCCUCGGGAGCAGAAGACAAUCCAGAAUUGCCUGACCUGAAAGAAAGAUCCCAGGGCACCAGAGAAGAAACGUCCUCUGCAUUUCCUACCAUUGACAUGGAGAUGUUGAACAUGAAGUUCGAGGCGAGGGCUGUGGGGUUCUGCCCCGUUGGGGAAGAUCAGCUGAGUCCCACAAAGGAUGAGGAUAAUGCUACCUUGGGCUUCAAGCCAACUUCAGUGUUGCGCGUCAAGCCUGUGAAACAUAAGCUAGAGGAAGGGAAGGCGGGCAAAACCCGCCACGAUCUAAAUCUCAAGAACAAAGACAAGCAGUACAAGUGCAAAGUCUGCUUCCAGUGGUUCCUCACUUUAGGGGAGCUGGACUUCCACAAGCUCAGCCACAACCCCUCCCCUCCGCCAACGUGCUACAUGUGUGUCCAGAGGAAGUUCAGCUCGAGGGAACAGCUGAGGGACCACUUGAGGGAGAAGCACACCAAGAACAAAGCUGGCCUCUGGGCCUGCGGGAUGUGCCUGAAGGAAAUCUCGGAGGUCUGGAUGUACAACGAACACUUGCGGGAGCAUGCCACUCAGUUUGCCCGCAAAGGCCAGGCUCAGAAGUCCGUCUUGGGCCUGGGUUUCAGCGAAGAGGAUGCUGCUGUCACUCAUUUCCUCAACUCCAUCAUCUGCCGAAAACCCAGCAAGUUUUCCAAGCAGGCGGAAGCGGGGAACGGAGCAGCGGCUGGCAGCGAAGUCAAAGGUCCCAAAGAGUUUUCAGGACAAGAGACGGUGGUCCACAAGGACAUGCCGGAGACCCCCUCCAGAAUCCGGCCACCCGCAGCCUCCCUCAAAGUCCCCGCCGUCCCGUCUCCUGACCCAGUCCCCAAGGUCGAAGGGGCACAGAAGUCGGUGCCCAUCCAUCCCGAAUGUAAGGACCCCUCUCGCGAUUGCCACCACUGUGGGAAGCAGUUCCCCAAGCCCUUCAAACUCCAGCGACACCUGGUGGUCCAUAGCCUACAGAAGAUCUUCUUGUGCCACAAGUGUCCCAUGUUCUAUCAGGAGACCAAGGAGCUCCGGAGCCACCUUAGCCAAGAGCAUGAAAUAGCCGAGGAAGCCGACAUCAAGCACACCACUCUGUAUGCCUGUGAGCUGUGUGCGGAUGUCAUGCACGUCAUCAAGAAGUCUUUCAUAUGCAGCACUUGCAACUACACCUUCUCCAAAAAGGAACAGUACGAUAGGCACAUGGAGAAGCAUCUGGUGGGCAGCAGCAAGACCUUCCGUUUUCGAGGUGUGAUGCGCCCGGGGCUCUUGGCAAAAUACGGGAAGAAGGACGUCAAAGAGGAGACCCGUGCAAGAGCAGAAGCUCCAGCAGCCAAAAAGAAGAAGGUUUCCCACCAUCACAACUCUCCUGAACUAGCUUUGCCUGGGCACCUGGAUGGACCCCAAGCAUCUCAAGAAGGUAGCCAGACUCUGCUAUCUGCUGAUGAGGCUCUGUCCGCAGCCACUAGCCUGGCCAUGCCCCCUUCAUCUCAGCCCCCUAUGGAAACAGAAGGCCUGGGAAGGGAUUUCUCCAGUCUCCUGGCCAAAAGGGGGACGUCUCCACUUCACCACCUGCUUCCAUCCCUUCCUCUUGAGCCCCAAGACAAACCACGCAGCCCAGAACACAUUACUGCACUUUCCCCAGAAACAUGGGGACACGCGGAGAGCCCAGCUCUCCUCUUAAACUCACCCGAUGCACUUAGCGGUGAUCUUGCCAAUGUGUCACCUAAGAAAACAUCUGCCGCCCAGGAAAAACUCUCUCUGGCUUAUCUCUCUGAGAAGCACAACAAGGAACGCAACAUUCCAGAAACGGCAAUAGUUAGCCGAAGGGUUGAACACAACACAGGGACCUGGGAGAGCCCGUAUUUAGAAGAUCUCGCCAGCAAGGUGCCCAGGUUUUCUUCUGAAAAUCUGGGGUCUUCAGAAUGUAAAUGGUCUCCCGAAGUACAGUGGAGCAGCAAUCCUAAUUUGAAUGGAACAGCUCCUCGAGAGUCUGGGAGCAAGUUACGUUUGCCAGAAACCAGUUUCCGUGAGUUGCCUCUCAAGGACAAGUCAUCAUCAUCUACCCUAAACCGGCCGGCCAAGGAGGUUCCCUCAAAGAAGAUCGUAGGUAGCCAAGCCAAUGCUGAUAACACCCCUGGCAUCCACUGCUGCCUAGAUGGUGCGGAAGAAGUCCAGAUGUGCUCACUCUCGAAAGACAAAGCUUUCCCAGAAAUGGAUGGCACUGCUCACCCCAAAGAUACCAGCUCCGGUGUUGGCGCGAAAGAGACAGAACUCAACUUGGUCAGGCCUGCAAGCGGCCAUCUCCAAGGCGAAGUGGCGGGUGCUCAGUCAAAGAGCCACCAUUCUGAGCUGAACAAGUUUCCAGAAAGGCCGGCUGUGAAUCGGCCGGCCAAUCCUCACUCCAAAAAACCCAAGGAACACAACAAGGCCUCCCAUCGGGGAAGCUCGGCCUCCCGGGAGAACAUUGAAGGAGACGGCAGCAAAAAACGGAAAGGCCGGAGCCAAGAUUCUGUGAAGGGCGACCACGUCAAGAAGGUUGACUGGCCCACUACUGAGGCAUUGGCCUUUUCUUCUCGACGGAGGGAGACGCAUGCCAAUAAACAGGGGCCUAAACUCAAGGUGUCUGUGACGGAUAGCCAGCUUAGAAAGUUGGUGCUUGACCCAGGCUUCCAGAAGAAGGUGGAGAUCGGCCAUGCCAAUGGAGAGUUGAGGCGCAAGAAGGAGAUAUUGGGGAGCAAAGCCCUCUGCCCCCUUUUAACCAAAGACCCCUCUGCCUCCCUGCCCAGCUCUCUGAACCGCCGCAGAGCUGUCCAAGGUGCUAAAGUCCCCACUUCCCACAGUUACAGGACAGCUGAGUCCCAAACUCACCUCCUAAACCAACUCUUUGGUCAGAAAUUAACGAGUUUUAAAAUUCCUUUGAGGAGAGAUACUUCUGAGUAA